AUGCACGCGUCGACCAGUAGCGACUAUCCCGAUCUUUACUGGGACGCCGACGCGCCGCCCAACGCCAUCUUUGGCGUCUCUGCACCGCACCAUCUCCCUGGGAUGCAAGGCGCCGCUGCCCGAGCAACGCUGACGAGAAAUCAUCAGAUUGGGGGCGAUUUGCCCGGAUUCCCGAAUUGGUCGCGAACAUGGUAUGGUGGGCACAUGUCUGCAGAUGGACAUGCGUACACGACAGUGCCACCUGGUCCUUCGGCGAGCGGAUGGGAGGCUGAGACGCUAGGCAGCGGCAGCGGCCAUGGUGCUCCUCGCAUGCCCUACGGUCGGCACUACGGUCCGGCCGGCGGCGUGGACGACUAUGUCAAGGAGGAGCGGAUGCGCAUGCUCGCCAAAGAGUUCGGGCCCAAAGUCAAGCGCAAAGGAGAGAAGGAUGACGAUAGUGACAACGAGGAAAACGACGAGGAGGAUGAGGAUGCGAAUCUACCAUCGGGCAGCAUCACGAAGGCAGGCAAGAUUGUCCACUCUUGGCCACGCUUGUUCUCCGCCACACGUGCCUUGCAGGUGAUAUUGUCGCUCUUAACUAUGCUCGUUGGCAUUGGCAGCGCGCUGCUCAUCAAACCUGGAAAGGACAAGCCGCCGCCACAAGGUACCUUACCUAGCUUUGUUCUCUAUGGUGUCACAGUCCUCUCGACACUCGUCAUGCUCUACCUCUUCGUCUUCCGACCAUGCUGCUGCGAUCCUCAGAAGCGCAUGAGCAAGGCAGGGCCAGGAAGCAUGAUGCUCGGUGGCGGCAUGGUCAUCCCCGUGCUUGGCGGUGGGCCGCAUGGAAAGAAGAGCAAGAACCCUUUCGCUGGCAAGAAGAACAAGAAGAUGGGCGCCGGCACGACGGUCAAUCUGAUCGUCGAUCCGGCUAUGAUGGGCGGCCGCGGGGGCGGCGCUGACGACGACAGCGACGACGAUUCUUGCAGCGACGAGGAGAAUGAGAGCAGCGCUGACGCUGCGCGCAAAGCGCGAAGGCGACGGCGACGGCGGAACAAGCGCAACAAGGUGCUCAAUAUGCGCUUGCAGGCACGUUGGGUGGUAGAGCGCAAGUUCCUCAAGGUGCUGUUAGCGUGGGACAUCAUCCUGAUGCUGCUCUGGAUCGCUGCUGACGUCAUGACGAUCUUCGUGGGUAAGAAGUGCCCUUCGGGUAGCUCGAAUGGAUGGUGUGAUUGGUACAAUGGUGCCAUUGCUUGCUCUUGCAUUUCCACCGUCGUCUUUCUGCUCGCCAUCUGGUGGGACAUUAGCGACCUUCGCGCCAGCAGCAAAGGUCCCAGGCCUGGAUUUCCGGCUGGCGUAUGA